CUGAACAAUUGCCCCAAUGGUACAAAUAAAGUUUGUUUUAUGGAUUCAUUAUAAUGAAUCUCAAAGUCUACAAUCCAUAACAAAUUAGCCUCUAAAAGUUUCCCGACAUUGUUUGAGUGAGAGUAUUGUUCUGAGAGGAGAGUCCACGUCCUGUACAAGUCAUCGUAUGACAUAGGAGGAAGUGAAGGCAGCAGUUGCAAGAUAUAGUCAUUUAGCCAGCUAAUCUCAGAUACAUUUUUUUUAUCAGAGAAGAUAUGUCAGCAAGCAUGCAAAUGAAGAUUGGAAUCAUUGGAGGCUCUGGCCUUGAUGACCCAGACAUAUUGGAGGGAAGGACCGAGAAAUAUGUAGACACACCUUAUGGAAAGCCUUCAGAUGCCCUUAUAAUGGGGAAGAUCAAAAAUGUUGAAUGUGUGCUCCUUGCAAGGCAUGGGAGACAGCACACCAUCAUGCCAACCGACGUCAACUACCAGGCUAACAUCUGGGCGUUGCGAGAGGAGGGCUGCACACAUCUUCUGGUCACCACGGCCUGUGGUUCCCUCCGGGAACAGAUCCAACCAGGAGACAUCGUCAUCAUCGACCAGUUCAUAGACAGGACGACAAAGAGGGCCCAGACGCUGUACGACGGGCGGCCCACCAGUCCUCCAGGCGUGUCUCACAUCCCCAUGGCUGAGCCCUUCUGCACCCGGACCAGGGAGGUGCUGCUGGAGGUGGCGCGCGGCCUGGGGGUGAAGUGCCACCCGCAGGGUACGGUGCUCACCAUCGAGGGCCCUCGCUUCUCGUCGCGUGCCGAGAGCCUGAUGUUCCGCCAGUGGGGUGCCGACGUUAUUAACAUGACCAGCGUGCCCGAGGUGGUCCUCGCCAAGGAGGCGGGCCUUUGCUAUGCUAGCAUCGCCAUGGCCACCGACUACGACUGCUGGAAGGAGCAUGAGGAGGCUGUCUGCGUCGACAACGUCCUGAAGACUAUGAAGGAGAAUGCCAACAAGGCCAGCAGUAUCCUGCUCACUGCUAUCCCCCUGAUUUGCACCCAGGACUGGACCCACACCAUAAAGGCUCUGAAGACAACAGCCCAAUCCUCAAUAAUGCUACCAAAACAACAUUGAGAACCACCGAAAAGCCUCUCGCCACCCCUGUAUAUCAGAGAAUGACUUGCAACACACCAGCCACCAAUACCAACAAUGGAUUCAUCUCUCUCUCGAUUCCUCAUCAGUGAAUCACAAGAAAGUGCCUGAUAUGCAUGUUUUCAUUACUGUACAUUUGCCAGGAUUUCACAACACAUUUGAGUAACAUUACAUUGUUUGCCAGAAGCAUACCAUUCUGCAUCCCACUGCUGGCUUGCCUCUGAAGCUAAGCAGGGUUGUUCCUGGAUGGGAGACCAGAUGCUGCUGGAAGUGGUGUUGGAGGGUGAAUAGGAGGCAUUCUUUCUUCUGGUCAAAAAAAAAAGUUCCCAAUGCCCAUUUUCAGAUAGGUGUCCUGACUCUGUGGUCACCUAAAAGAUCCCUGCUAAAAUAAGGGUAAAUCUCUCUCUCUCUCUCUCUCAUAGAUAUAUGAGAGUCACUGUUUGUAUACUGUUCAGCCAUGUUUUCAUACUGUAGAUACUUUAAUGCAUAGUUACAUUCUAAAAUGUAUGUCUUCUGAAAGAAAGGUUAAAGGACUUAGUUGGUUGUUUUCAUGGAUUGUUUGUAACCGGUAUGGUCUGUACAUGUAGGUCUAUGACCAACAAGACUUUUGCACCGAGUAUAAUUGGAACAGGACAUUCAAUCAAAAGCAACUGCCACUUCCGUUGAUAAAGCCUCAAGCCUGUUUAUCCGGCUCUGGGGUGAAGUUUAGUUUAGGUACAUAUCUAGGAUCAGCUUCCCCAAUCCUAACCAUUUAGUGGGGGAAAUGCUAAACUGGCUGAACUGGCUGAAGACCAACUUCACCAUACUGUUUUCCCACUUUGUUGCCCUGAAACAAGGUCAAACCACAUUGUUGAUAGAUUCGUGGCUCUUUACUCCUAAUUAUUAGGUGAGGGAAUAGUGGAUUCAUGGCUCAUAUACUUUCCAUAAAAUAAAACGCCUUGUUUCAUUAAGAAAGACUUCCACUGAGGGCAUUAUCGAUCUGUCUCAUGUGACGGGAUCAUCUAAAACCAUUUCAAAAUACUUCAUGUUAACCUAGCAUUUAUUUUUACAUGGAUUCACAGCUGCAGUAUUAUAAUGUGCUAAUAGGGUUCACUUCAGGAAGUAGGCUUAACAGUCAACAUGAUGGUGGAUAUUCAGUUAUGAUUGUGUUCAACUGCAUGUACAGGUCAAAUGUGUUUGCAAGUGUGACAAAAUCAAUAAAGUUAUGUAGAUUGGAAA